AAAACGCAAGCAAACACCUCCGGCUAAAGAACGGCUGCGCGCAAGUAAAUACGUUGAUUCAAGUCGUUACCAAACCUUGCAAAAGCGAUGUUUUGCAAUACACGCGCUAUGGCCCACUCAGUUAAGAUUUUCCUUGCAGUCCAGUUAAACGUGUCUAUAGAUUAUUCGAACUAGCAGAACCAGGAGUCGACACAAAAAAAAUAGUGGUAUAAAAGGUGACGGCCAAGUUUAUGACAAAGAUAUUGAAGACAAAGUGAAGUAGAAGAGACUAAUAAGACAACCUUCAAGAUGUCUUCAGAAGGCUUUACGGAGACCGAGGUGGAUGCGAUGGCGGACCGCAUCGCUGAAACUUUCAGCGGUAUGAACGUCUUCAUCACUGGAGGCACAGGCUUCAUGGGAAAGGUUCUUGUUGAGAAGUUGCUCAGAAAAUGUCCGGAUAUUGGAAAAAUAAUUCUUUUUGUGAGAGAAAAAAAGGGGAAACUACCAAAGCAACGACUUGAAGAAAUGCUUAAUGACGACUUAUUCGAAAAGGUACGUAAUCUCCGCGGUGGCGUGGAUCCACUCUUGGCGAAGAUGCACAUUGUAACCGGUGACGUCAUUGAGCCUGACCUCGGCCUAAACGAUAAUGACAGGCAAUUCAUUAUUCAAGAAGUUAACUUCAUCAUACAUGCUGCAGCUACUAUCAGAUUCGAUGAAGAAUUACGUAAAGCAGUUUUACUUAACGUACGAGGAACUAAAUUGAUAUUAGAACUGGCUAAGGAAUGUAAAAACUUAAAGCUCUUCUUCCACGUGUCAACAGCGUAUUGCCAUCUGCACGAGAAGCUAUUGGAAGAGAAGCCUUACCCGCCGCCAGCUGACCCCCACAAGGUGAUACAGAUCGCAGAAUGGAUGGACGAAGAGUCCAUAGCAUUGCUAACACCAAAAUUACUGAGUAAGCUGCCUAAUUCUUACGCCUUCACAAAGGCGUUGGGCGAAGCUUUAGCCGUGGAAGCUAUGGAGCACAUACCUAUUAUUAUCUUACGUCCAUCUAUAGUGAUACCAAUUUGGCAGGAGCCUGUACCAGGUUGGACUGACAAUAUCAACGGACCAACGGGUCUUCUAAUUGGUGCUGGUAAAGGAGUGAUCAGAUCUAUGUACUGCAAGAGCAACAGUUACGCAGACUAUCUGCCUGUUGAUGUUUUUAUAAACGGUAUCAUGAUAAUGGCAUGGAACUACCUACACUACGGUGAUAAAAAAUCAAAUGUGGUCAACUUCACAUCUUCCGCUGAAAUUAAAGUGACAUGGCUUGAAAUGAUUGAUGCAGGCAGAGAAAUUAUUAUGAACCGAGUGCCUUUAAACGGCGUCGUAUGGUACCCAGGUGGUUCGAUGAAACAUUCCAGACUAUAUCAUAAUAUCUGCGUUUUGUUCUUCCAUUGGAUACCAGCGAUAAUUCUAGACACACUACUCUUUUGUCUUGGCUACAAACCAGUGUUAAUGCGCGUACACCGUCGUAUUAGCAAAGGUUUUGAUGUGUUUGAGUAUUAUACCAAUAACCAGUGGGAUUUCAAAUCUGAUAUCGCACAAACUGUACGACAGAGACUCAACACUAGAGAAAGACGGGAUUACAAAGUAGAUGCUAUCGGACUCGACAUAUUGAAAUAUUUUGAAGACUGCAUCAGAGCUGCUCGAAAAUAUAUCCUGAAGGAGUACGACGAUACCCUUCCAGCCGCAAGAAGGCACAUGAAGAUUAUGUGGUUCGUCGAUCUGGUUGUCCGAUGUCUGUUUUGGGGAUUAAUUCUCUAUUGGUUGAGCGGUUGGUGUUCUUCUUUAUACACCGCGACGGUUGGUUACAAGGACACCCCUGCAGUACUUGGUACCAGCAUAUAACUUAUACUGUUGGCACUAGAGUAACUGCUGCUGUUGGCACCAGGGUAACCCCUACUGUUGGCACCAGUACUUAACAGCUUUAAGUUAUGUUUUAUAUUGUCAAUUUAUAAGUAAGUUAGGAAAGUAAAUGUAUUAUAAUUGUUAAGAAAAACAAUAUUUUUAUCACUCGUUCUCUUAUAAUUCAGUCUUGUAUUUCAUACAAAUUGUAUUGCUUUGAAAUAUAUAAAUUAAGACUGAUAGAUGUCCAUUUAUAUAUAAUAAAUGAUAUAUAAUUCGAUAUAUAAUUCGGGAAAAAGUGAAAUGUCUAAUGUUAAAAUUGUAAAUGACAAUGAAUAAAAACAUAAUCAUAGUAUUAUAUAAAGUAUAGUAAAGUUUUUGCUUAACUAUUUACCUUGUCUGCUUUCCUUAUGGGUUUAAUUGUAUAAAAAUAAUCUUAAUUUUAGACAUUUAGAAAAAUAAAAUUCUGUAAACUAAGAUCUUUUUGUAUAUGAAAG